CCAGUCUCGACGAGCUCAAACACCAGAGACGUCUACCAGGUCGCUGCUCGCUGGUAUCUUCUCCGGCGCCACCCUCCCGACAUGGGUCUCCUCUGGAUGGUCGCGGCGGCCGUGGCGGCGGUGCUGGCCUCGUGGGCGUUCAACGCGCUGGUGCACCUCGUGUGGAGGCCGCGCGCCAUCACCCGGCAGCUCCGCGCGCAGGGCGUGGGCGGGCCGGGCUACCGGUUCUUCGUCGGCAACCUCGGCGAGAUCAGACGGCUCCUCGCCGACACCGCCGGCGCCGUGCUGGACGUCGGCUCCCACGACUUCGUCCCCAGGGUGCAGCCGCACUUCCGCAAAUGGAUCCCCAUCCACGGGCGCACGUUCCUGUACUGGUUCGGGGCCAGGCCGACCCUGUGCGUGGCCGACGUGAACGUGGUGAAGCAGGUGCUCUCCGACCGCAGCGGGAUGUACCCCAAGAACGUCGGGAACCCGCACAUCGCCCGGCUGCUCGGCAAGGGGCUCGUGCUCACCGACGGCGACGACUGGAAGCGCCACCGCAAGGUCAUCCACCCUGCCUUCAACAUGGACAAGCUCAAGAUGAUGACGAUGACCAUGUCGGACUGCGCUGGGUCAAUGAUGUCUGAGUGGAAGGCAAAGAUGGCGAAGGGUGGCAACAUGGAGAUUGAGCUGAGCAGACAGUUUGAGGAGCUAACCGCAGAUGUGAUCUCUCACACAGCAUUCGGGAGCAGCUACGAACAGGGAAAAAAGGUCUUCUUGGCGCAGAGGGAGCUCCAAUUUCUUGCCUUCUCCACCGUAUUUAACGUGCAAAUCCCAGCAUUCAGGUACCUUCCAACUGAAAAGAACCUUAAGAUAUGGAAGCUUGACAAGGAGGUGAGGGGCAUGCUCAUGAACAUAAUCAAAACCCGUCUUGACACCAAAGACACCAUGGGUUACGGCAACGACCUGCUCGGGAUCAUGCUGGAGGCAUGCGCGCUAGAGCAUGGGCAAAAUCCUAUUCUAAGCAUGGACGAGAUCAUAGAUGAGUGCAAGACCUUCUUCUUCGCAGGGCAUGACACCAGCUCACACCUGCUCACAUGGACCAUGUUCUUGCUGAGCAUGCACCCGGAGUGGCAGGAGAAGCUCAGAGAGGAGGUGCUGAGAGAGUGUGGCAAUGGGGCUCCCACCGGUGACAUGCUCAACAAGCUUCACUUGGUCAACAUGUUCUUGCUGGAAACUCUCAGGUUGUACGGCCCUGUAGCGGCCAUUCAGAGAAAGGCAGGUUCAGAUCUCGAGGUCGGUGGCAUCAAAGUGCCCAAAGGCACAGUCAUCACAAUCCCCAUCGCGAUGAUACAUCGUGACAAGGAGGUCUGGGGUGAGGACGCCAAUGAGUUCAAGCCUAUGAGGUUUGAGAAUGGAGUGACACGGGCCGGAAAACACCCCAAUGCCUUGUUGUCUUUCUCAAGUGGACCCAGGUCUUGCAUAGGGCAAAACUUUGCUAUGAUAGAGGCCAAGGCCGUGAUCGCCAUGAUUCUUCAGAGGUUCUCGUUCUCCCUAUCACCUAAGUAUGUCCAUGCCCCGAUGGACGUGAUCACGCUGCGACCCAAGUUUGGGCUUCCCAUGAUCCUUAAGAGCCUAGAGAUGUAGAGGUGUGUUGAGUACAACACAAGGUUGUUUAUUUAUUGGUCUUAUCGCAAAUGUAUGAUUUUGUAAGAAAAUCCAUCACGGCGCACUUUUUGUGAA